AUGGGUUCAAGGCGGCAGUACGAUUUGCUCUUCAAGCUUCUUCUGAUUGGUGAUUCUGGAGUUGGUAAGACGUGCAUCCUCUACAGGUUUUCUGAUGAUGCUUUCAACACGACGUUCAUAUCGACAAUCGGAAUUGACUUUAAAAUCAAAACAAUCGAGUUACGAGGAAAGAAGAUUAAGCUGCAAAUUUGGGACACAGCUGGACAAGAACGUUUCCACACAAUCACCACUUCUUAUUACAGAGGUGCAAUGGGGAUCAUGAUUGUCUACGACAUCACUAACGCACGCAGUUUUGAUAAUAUUGCCCGAUGGCUCCGCAACAUUGAUGAGCAUGCAUCAGAGGAUGUAGUGAAAAUGGUCAUCGGCAACAAGUGUGAUAUGACUGAUCGACGCCAAGUUAGCAAAGAACGAGGGGAAGCGAUUGCGUUAGACCAUGGUAUUCGCUUUCUUGAAACUUCUGCUAAAGCAAAUAUCAACAUCGAUACUGCUUUUUACGAUUUGGCAGAAGCCAUCCUUGAUCGGACUCCCGAAGAAGCUCCACAAAGGGAAGGAGGUGUGAUUGUGGAUCCAGUGGGAGGCUCUUCAUCAAAUGUCUCCGUUUUACGGCUUCUCCCCAAAACCAGCGAGCAAUUCGAAUUCCUUCGAUCACUUUACGAUAACUCUUCAAAGUUAAAUUUAAACUUUUGGAAAACUGCAAAGAGUAAAGAUGGUUUUUUCGAUGUAAUGGCUGGCGCUGAAGCAAAGGAGUUUUUGCUGGGAAAGUUGCACAAAUUGGGCAUCACUUAUGUGACAACGAUUGGGGAUGUUGAACAAUUGAUCUUGAAACGUGAGCGAAGUGAAGUGACGAGUGAACGAAGGCUGCACGAUGAUGCGGACAUUCCAAAUUAUGAUUUCAAUAGAUAUGGAAGCUAUUCCCAAAUGGUCUCCUGGAUGCGGGCGUUGGCGAGGAAAUACCCGAAAAUUGUUCAAUUCAUCUCGGUUGGAACGAGUCAUGAAGGAAGAUCGAUUGAUGGAUUGGAGAUAGGCACUCGUGAUCCGAGGAAACGCAUUUUCUGGGUUGAUGGGGGAAUCCAUGCAAGAGAAUGGGCUGCACCGCAUACAGCUUUAUGGUUCAUUCAUCAGCUAAUCAGCCGUGCCGAGGAUCCAGAGAUCCGUCCCUACGUGGAGAGACUCACUUUUGUAAUUGUGCCCUGCUUGAAUCCGGAUGGAUAUGAAUUCACAAGAAGCUCCUCAAAUCCGCACAUUCGACUGUGGCGCAAAAAUCGUUCCCCUUUGAAGUGCCGAAAAGAUGAAUGGGGCAGAAAUCGAUGCUGCCGUGGCGUCGAUUUAAAUAGGAACUUCGACUUUCAUUUUCGCGAGAGUGGCUCCUCCGAUGAUCCAUGUUCGGAGAUUUAUCAAGGCACGAGCGCUUUCAGUGAACCCGAAACGAGAGCCGUACGUGACGCAGUGAUGUCUCGGCGAUAUCAAGGAAGGAUCGAUGCUUUCAUCACUUUACACACAUAUUCACAAAUCUGGAUUCAUCCAUAUGGCCACAAAAGGGACAGCUAUCCGGGCGAUAUUCAGGAAUUGUAUGACGUUGGGAAACGAGCGACCAAGGCGCUGACGAAACUCUAUGGGACAAAAUAUAUUCUCGGAAGUGGAGCUGAUACAUUAUAUCCGGCAUCGGGUGGAUCAGAGGAUUGGGCAAAGAAAUAUGCGAAGAUAAAAUUUGUCUAUCUGCUCGAGUUGAGGCCUGAUGAGAAAAAUUGGGACGGUUUCAUUUUGGAGGAACGAGAGUUGAUUCCGACAGCGAAAGAGACGUGGGCUGGGGUGAAAGUGGUUGCGGAUGCGGUGAUUGAUCGGAUCGGUGGAGACGAUAUUGAGGAAUCCGUCACUCAGCUCCCCGGGCGAUUCCGCUUCGGCAACGGUGAAGAAGGAUCAUGUUGGGAUGCGAGACAUGCAUGCAAAAGAUGGGUAUCCGAAAAGGAGGAUCUAUGCAAGACGGUUCCUUUAUUCAUGAGGGAGAAUUGCGCUUAUUCGUGUGGUUAUUGC